CUGCGCUUUUCCCGGCCCAGCCACGAAUUUCUUUUCUUUUGUCGUGUUCAUCACCCCCCAAACUCACACAAGAUGGGAGACGACACAGCUCGCGUCGAUGAGCUCAGCAUCAAUGGCGAAACGAAGGUGAGCGAUACAACCGAGCCCGACCAAGCCGAGGCCGAAGCCCUGGACAAGGGUUUCCUGCAAGGCGAUCAUGAGCGAGCCAUCCAAGGCGAACAGCGUUUCCAUCGCUUGGGUUGGAAGCGUCUGACCAUUGUGCUGAUUGUACAAUCCAUUGCAUUGGGUAGCCUGAGUCUGCCAGCUGCGUUCGAAACGCUGGGCAUGGUGGCUGGCGUGUUCUUGACUCUCGGAUUAGGGAUUAUCGCCAUCUACGCCAGCUACAUCAUCGGGCUGGUCAAGCUCAAGUAUCCACACUUGCCACAUAUCGUGGACUUUGGACGUCUACUCAUGGGCAGCAUUGGUGACAAAGUUCUGGGGGUCGCGUUCGUGGCUCUCCUAACUAUGACCGUCGGUUCGCAUUGCUUAACAGGGAAACUAGCCCUGGCGACUAUCACAGGAAGUAACGUGUGCGCCCUCAUGUUCAGCGUGGUGUCUGCUAUCAUCCUCUUUGUCUUUGCUGUGCCCCCUACCUUUGCGGAUAUCUCCAUCCUGGGGUACAUUGAUUUCGCCUCCAUCAUCUUAGCCAUUGGGGUUGUCAUGAUCGCCACGGGAAUCCAACAUUCCCACAACACGGCCGUUGCGUCAGCCGCGUGGUCGGCCUGGCCAAAGGAAGGCUUGACUCUUAGUGAGGCAUUUGUUGCGAUCUCGAAUAUCGCUUUCGCAUACGCGUUUGCCGGGGCCCAGCCGACCUUUAUGGACGAGAUGCACACCCCUACCGAUUUUACCAAGUCCAUCACCACACUCGCCGUCACGCAAAUGACCAUCUACACCGUCACCGGGGCUUUGAUCUAUGCAUUCGUGGGGCAAGGGGUCCAGUCCCCCGCACUGCUGUCCGCCAGCCCCCUGAUUGCUAAGAUCGCUUUUGGUGUUGCCCUGCCUGUCAUCUACAUUUCGGGCGCCAUCAACGCCACCAUCGCCGCCCGAUUCAUGCACGGCCGUAUCUUCCAAGGUUCCACCGCGCGGUACAUCAACACCCCAAUGGGAUGGGCAACGUGGCUCACAAUCGUGGCCUGCAUCAAUGUGGUUGGUUGGGUUGUCGCCGAAGCCAUCCCUUUCUUCUCCGAGCUUCUCUCUAUUUGUGGCUGCUUGCUGGUCUCCGGCUUCUCCUUUUACCUCCCGCCCUUGAUGUGGUUCUUUUUGCUCAAGGAAGGGGCCUGGUUUGAUCGGCAAAACCUUCGCACCGCUAUCCUGAAUCUGAUCGUCUUUGUGGUGGGAGUCACUAUACUUGGUUGUGGGAUGUAUGCAAGUGUAACUGGAGUGAUCGCCGCGUUCCAGACGGGAUCGAUCAAUCGUCCGUUUUCAUGUAGUGUCUAG